GCCGCGCGCGCUGGUGCGGGGCGGAGCCGGGCAGCUGGUCCGGUACCCCCGGCUCGCGCCUCGCCUCCACCCCUGGGCCGGGAGUGAACUUGGAGUGGUGGGAGAAAGGAUGGGGCUGGGGAAGAGGGGACCCAGGAGGCUCCCGGGGCCGAAUUCGGCUUAGAUUGCCCGGGAGAGGGAGAGCAAAGCUGAGUUCUCCCCCGGCCGGGGCCUCUGCAGCCCAACAUGGACCCCGAGUUCCAAAGUUUGGGAAGUUGGGCGCCGAGGGGCCCGGGCGCGCCGAGCGUCGCCGGGGGCCCGGCCGGGGACUCGCGGGGUGCGCAGGCCGCCUGAGCCGCCUCCAAGGCCCUCCUCCUCCCCCACCUCCGAAAGUUGGGUGCGCGUGGCCCGGGGGCGCCGGGGCUUUGCUGAGUUGGCGGGUUUGGCCAUGGCCGCUGCCCGCUCUGCGCGGGGGCCGGAGCUGCUGCUCCUGGCGGAGCUGCUGCUGCUGCUGGGGGGCCCGGGCCGGGGAGCGGCCUCGAGCGGGAACGCCACGGGGCCUGGGCCGCGCGGCGCCGGCGGGGCGGCGAGGAGGAGCGAGGCGGCCACGGGCCCUCCGCCUCUGCUGAGCCGCUGCGGCCGGGCCGCGCACUGCGAGCCGCUGCGCUACAACGUGUGCCUGGGCUCGGCGCUGCCCUACGGCGCCACCUCCACGCUGCUGGCCGGGGACUCCGACUCCCAGGAGGAAGCGCACGGCAAACUCGUGCUGUGGUCGGGCCUCCGGAAUGCCCCCCGCUGCUGGGCAGUGAUCCAGCCGCUGCUGUGUGCCGUGUACAUGCCCAAGUGUGAGAAUGAACGAGUGGAGUUGCCUAGCCGCACCCUGUGCCAGGCCACCCGCGGCCCCUGUGCCAUUGUGGAGCGGGAGCGGGGCUGGCCUGACUUCCUGCGCUGCACGCCUGACCACUUCCCCGAAGGCUGCCCGAAUGAGGUGCAGAAGAUAAAGUUCAACAGUUCAGGCCAGUGUGAGGCGCCCUUGGUGCGCACCGACAACCCCAAGAGCUGGUACGAGGAUGUGGAAGGCUGCGGGAUCCAGUGUCAGAACCCGCUCUACACCGAGGCCGAGCACCAGGACAUGCACGCCUACAUCGCCGCCUUCGGUGCCGUCACGGGCCUCUGCACGCUCUUCACCCUGGCCACCUUUGUGGCUGACUGGCGGAACUCCAAUCGCUACCCAGCCGUCAUUCUCUUCUACGUCAACGCGUGUUUCUUCGUGGGCAGCAUUGGCUGGCUGGCCCAGUUCAUGGAUGGGGCCCGCCGGGAAAUCGUUUGCCGGGCAGAUGGCACCAUGAGGAUUGGGGAACCCACCUCCAACGAGACCCUGUCGUGCGUCAUCAUCUUCGUCAUCGUGUACUAUGCCCUCAUGGCUGGCGUGGUUUGGUUUGUGGUCCUCACGUACGCCUGGCACACCUCCUUCAGAGCGCUGGGCACCACCUACCAGCCUCUCUCGGGCAAGACCUCCUACUUCCACCUGCUCACGUGGUCACUCCCUUUCGUCCUCACCGUGGCCAUCCUCGCCGUGGCUCAGGUGGAUGGGGACUCGGUGAGCGGCAUCUGUUUUGUGGGCUACAAGAACUACCGAUACCGGGCCGGCUUCGUGCUGGCCCCCAUAGGCCUGGUGCUUAUCGUGGGAGGUUACUUCCUCAUCAGAGGGGUCAUGACCUUGUUCUCCAUCAAGAGCAACCACCCCGGGCUGCUGAGUGAAAAAGCAGCGAGCAAGAUCAACGAGACGAUGCUGCGCCUGGGCAUUUUUGGCUUCCUGGCUUUCGGCUUUGUGCUCAUUACCUUUAGCUGCCACUUCUACGACUUCUUCAACCAGGCCGAGUGGGAACGCAGCUUCCGGGACUACGUGCUGUGCCAGGCCAACGUGACUAUCGGACUGCCCACCAAGAAGCCCAUCCCCGACUGUGAGAUCAAAAAUCGUCCUAGCCUCCUGGUGGAAAAGAUCAACCUGUUUGCCAUGUUUGGGACUGGCAUCUCAAUGAGCACAUGGGUCUGGACCAAGGCCACACUGCUCAUCUGGAGGCGCGCCUGGUGCAGGCUGACAGGGCAGAGUGACGACGAGCCCAAGAGGAUCAAGAAAAGCAAGAUGAUUGCUAAGGCCUUCUCCAAGCGCCGCGAGCUGCUGCAGAACCCGGGCCAGGAGCUGUCCUUCAGCAUGCACACAGUCUCCCAUGACGGGCCCGUGGCUGGCUUGGCCUUCGACCUCAACGAGCCCUCAGUGGACGUCUCUUCCGCCUGGGCCCAGCACGUCACCAAGAUGGUGGCUCGGAGAGGAGCCAUUCUGCCCCAGGAUGUGUCUGUCACACCCGUGGCCACUCCAGUGCCCCCGGAGGAACAUGCCAACCGCUGGCUGGUGGAGGCUGAGAUCUCACCGGAACUGGAGAAGCGUCUGGGCCGGAAGAAGAAGCGGAGGAAGCGAAAGAAGGAGGUGUGCCCACUGGGGCCGCCAGUGGAGCCUCGCCACCCCAGCCCCGGUCCCGCUCAGGGCCCGGCGCCCAGCACUGUGCCUCGGCUGCCGCAGCUGCCCCACCGCAGGUGUCUGGUGGCUGCCGGUGCCUGGGGCGCUGGGGAGAGCUCCCGACAUGGAGCCUGGACCCUGGUCUCCAACCCUUUCUGCCCGGAACCCAGCGCCCCAGCAGCCCCCACGACCUGGACUCAAGGCCGCCGCCAGGGCUUGGGGCCCAUUCACUCGCGCACUAACCUGAUGGAGGCUGAGCUCCUGGACGCAGACUCGGACUUCUGAGCUGCCAGGGCUGGGGGCCUGGAGCAGGACGGAGAGAGGCUCUUCCUCCCUGGAGCCCUCGGCCCCAGGUUCCAGGGUGCCCACCCAGGAGAGUUCCCAAAGUGUGGCUCAGAGCAGCAGGACUGUAGGACAGAG